UAAAUGUUUGUGAUUUGAUACAGCCCGGCGUGCAGCGAUGCUCAAAACGCAAAUGCAGGGUCGCUUUUGUCAUUUAACAGAAUGGAAUAAAUAAUGCGUGUUUGAAUUUGACGAGAGGAGACCGGAAAGGAGUUGGUGGUGGAACUAAACUAAUGGUUCCUUCUUCUACCUCUUCUACUGUUUCUUCGUCUUCGAUCACCAACCGCCCAACUCCAACUGUAAUAUCAAAUCACCAAAUUCAUUCAUGUAGUUGAGAUUAGGUUCCUCUGCUCCUCUCCAUGUACUCCCAACCCUCCCGUUACCUCUCCCCUCAUAUACGUCAUAUGUCAAUUGUCAACCCAAUAAAUAGAAGGGGAAAACCAAAACCCUAAGCAGAGGGACCAAGUGCAAGCGCAAAAGCCAUCGGAGAGACAUGACUCUUCCCUUCCUCCUGCAGUCGAUCCUCCGGCAGAUCGCCACGCGGCGUCCACUGCUACUCUACGCCGUCACUUGGACCGUGCUCUUGACAGUUACAGUUGCGGUGGCUUCUUUCUCCCCGGAGAUCGCUUUUGUGUCCGCGAUAUCUCCUUCUUCUUCUUUCUCCCGGGCGUGCGAUUCGCAGCAGGGCACCGUUCGGGUUCCUCUAGAUUUUCCGGGGGAGGUGUUAUGCUUGCCGGCUGGUUUCUUCAAAAGGUCUAAGAUGGAUUUCUUCGUUCCUCCGAUCUUCGCCGCCGUUGUUGUCGCUUGCUCCGCUUGUGUGGUUCGAGCCCUGAGUUUAUGGGAACUAGAUGAGACCACCGGUUGAGACUCAUGAGUCAUGAGAAGCGUGGUUCUUGGUUCGGUCAAACCGUAGAUGUGUCACAGACUCACAGUCGUUUUCUUCUAGGAAAUUUAAGUAGGGUACAAAAAUACGAUGUACGGUUGGUUAAUAGUUGUGUCUCUAUCACCGUUGGAUUAGUCUGAUAUCUGACUAAAUAUAAAGAGAGAUGCUGUUCCUACCGUUGAAAAGCCUUUAGAGUCUAAUAUACAAAAUAUCUGUGUAUAAGAGGGAGGGAGAAAUACCUUAUCUGUCUGGGGAUAAAGAAACUGUAUUGGGGGGGUGUAGGGCCGUGAUAACUUGCCACAUGGACAUGAUUGAAAAUGUGGCCCACCAUUGCAUGGUCCCAACGGACCCAACCACGACAUUGUUCAAGCCAAAACUCAGCCAAAAACUUUUAGCCAUAUGAUUCGGACUACAUUUUGAAGAGGAGCUUUUCUCUACGCGUCCAAUUAAAUCGAAUAAAAUCAGAUGAUUAUAUGGUUCUCUUUGUAUUCAUUCUUGAUCCAAAUUGAUUUACUAUGUGCCUCCUGAAUCCUGAUACUGCAAACAUGAGACGAGUAAUUUUGGCCUAUGGGCCUCAGAU